CCGCUGCUCGCCGCCCCCGGCGCCUCUGCCUACAGCUUCCCUCAGCAGCACACGAUGCAGCACUGGGCCCGGCGCCUGGAGCAGGAGAUUGAUGGCGUAAUGCGGAUUUUUGGGGGCGUCCAGCAGCUCCGAGAGAUCUACAAAGACAACCGGAACCUGUUUGAGGUGCAAGAGAACGAACCUCAGAAGUUGGUGGAAAAGGUAGCAGGCGACAUUGAGAGCCUGCUGGACAGGAAGGUGCAGGCCUUGAAGAGGCUGGCUGACGCUGCAGAGAACUUCCAGAAAACCCACCGCUGGCAGGACAACAUCAAGGAGGAAGACAUCAUGUACUAUGACGCCAAGGCUGACGCGGAGCUGGAUGACCCUGAGAUUGAAGAUAUGGAGAGAGUAUCAAAGGUCAGCACCCUGAGGCUGGACUUUGUCGAGGACCCAAACUUCAAAAACAAGGUCAACUACUCGUAUGCAGCUGUGCAGAUCCCCACGGACAUCUACAAAGGCUCUACUGUCAUCCUCAAUGAACUCAACUGGACAGAGGCCCUGGAGAAUGUGUUCAUCGAGAACCGUCGGCAGGACCCCACGCUGCUGUGGCAGGUCUUUGGCAGUGCCACUGGCGUCACCCGCUACUACCCUGCCACCCCUUGGAGAGCCCCCAAGAAGAUUGACCUGUACGACGUCCGAAGGAGACCCUGGUAUAUCCAAGGGGCCUCAUCACCCAAGGACAUGGUCAUCAUCGUGGAUGUGAGCGGCAGUGUGAGCGGCCUGACCCUGAAGCUGAUGAAGACGUCUGUCUGUGAGAUGCUGGACACACUCUCAGAUGAUGACUACGUGAAUGUGGCCUCGUUCAACGAAAAGGCACAACCUGUGUCAUGCUUCACACACCUGGUGCAGGCCAACGUGCGUAACAAGAAGGUGUUCAAGGAAGCUGUGCAGGGCAUGGUGGCCAAGGGCACCACAGGCUACAAGGCCGGCUUUGAAUAUGCCUUCGACCAGCUACAGAAUUCCAACAUCACUCGCGCCAACUGCAACAAGAUGAUCAUGAUGUUCACGGACGGAGGCGAGGACCGUGUGCAGGACGUCUUUGAGAAGUACAACUGGCCCAACCGGACGGUACGCGUGUUCACAUUCUCCGUGGGGCAGCACAACUACGACGUGACGCCUUUACAGUGGAUGGCCUGCGCCAACAAAGGUUACUAUUUUGAGAUCCCUUCUAUUGGGGCCAUCCGCAUCAACACACAGGAAUACCUGGACGUGUUGGGCAGGCCCAUGGUGCUGGCAGGCAAAGAAGCCAAGCAGGUGCAAUGGACCAACGUGUAUGAGGAUGCACUGGGCCUGGGUCUGGUUGUGACAGGAACACUCCCUGUGUUCAACCUGACACAGGAUGGCCCUGGAGAAAAGAAGAACCAGCUGAUCUUGGGUGUAAUGGGCAUUGAUGUAGCUCUAAAUGACAUUAAGAGACUGACUCCCAACUAUACGCUUGGAGCCAACGGCUAUGUGUUUGCCAUUGACCUGAAUGGCUACGUGUUGCUGCACCCUAACCUCAAGCCCCAGACCACUAACUUCCGGGAGCCUGUGACCUUGGACUUCCUGGAUGCAGAGCUAGAGGAUGAGAACAAGGAGGAGAUCCGAAGGAGCAUGAUUGACGGCAACAGGGGCCACAAGCAGAUCAGAACACUGGUCAAGUCCCUGGAUGAGCGGUACAUAGAUGAGGUGAUGCGGAACUACACCUGGGUGCCCAUAAGGAGUACCAAUUACAGCCUAGGGCUGGUACUCCCGCCCUACAGCACCUUCUACCUCCAAGCCAACCUCAGUGACCAGAUCCUGCAGGUCAAGUAUUUUGAGUUCCUGCUCCCCAGCAGCUUUGAGUCUGAAGGACAUGUUUUCAUUGCUCCCAGAGAGUAUUGCAAAGACCUGAACGCCUCUGACAACAACACUGAGUUCCUGAAAAACUUCAUCGAGCUCAUGGAGAAGGUGACUCCAGAUUCCAAGCAGUGCAACAACUUCCUUCUGCACAACCUGAUCUUGGACACAGGCAUCACGCAGCAGCUAGUGGAGCGUGUAUGGCGGGACCAGGACCUCAACACGUACAGCCUCCUGGCUGUGUUUGCUGCCACUGAUGGUGGCAUCACCAGAGUCUUCCCCAACAAGGCAGCUGAAGACUGGACAGAGAACCCUGAGCCCUUCAAUGCCAGCUUCUACCGCCGCAGCCUGGAUAACCAUGGCUAUGUCUUCAAGCCCCCACACCAGGACACCCUGUUAAGGCCUCUGGAGUUGGAGAACGACACUGUUGGUGUCCUGGUCAGCACAGCAGUGGAGCUCAGCCUGGGCGGGCGCACACUGAGGCCAGCAGUGGUGGGUGUCAAGCUGGACCUGGAGGCCUGGGCUGAGAAGUUCAAGGUGCUAGCUAGCAAUCGUACCCACCAAGACCAGCCUCAGAAGUGCGGCCCCAGCAGCCACUGUGAGAUGGAUUGUGAAGUUAACAAUGAGGACUUGCUCUGUGUUCUCAUUGAUGAUGGAGGAUUCCUGGUCCUGUCAAACCAGAACCAUCAAUGGGACCAGGUGGGCAGGUUCUUCAGCGAAGUGGAUGCCAAUCUGAUGCUGGCACUCUACAAUAACUCCUUCUACAACCGGAAAGAGUCUUUCGAUUAUCAGGCUGCCUGUGCACCCCAGCCCCAAGGGAACUUGGGGGCCGCACCCCGGGGCGUCUUUGUGCCCACCAUUGCAGACUUGCUUAACCUGGCCUGGUGGACUUCCGCUGCAGCCUGGUCCUUGUUCCAGCAGCUUCUUUAUGGCCUCAUCUAUCACAGCUGGUUUCAGGCAGACCCGGCAGAGGCCGAGGGAAGCCCCGAGGCGCGAGAGAGCAGCUGCGUCAUGAAACAGACCCAGUACUACUUCGGCUCCGUGAACGCGUCUUACAACGCCAUCAUCGACUGCGGCAACUGCUCCAGGCUGUUCCACGCGCAGAGACUGACCAACACCAACCUCCUCUUCGUGGUGGCGGAGAAGCCGCUGUGCAGCCAGUGUGAAGCUGGCCGGCUGCUGCAGAAGGAGACACACUGCCCAGCGGACGGCCCGGAGCAGUGUGAGCUGGUGCAGAGACCGAGGUACCGGAGAGGCCCCCACAUCUGCUUCGACUACAACGCAACGGAAGAUACCUCAGACUGUGGCCGCGGAGCCUCCUUCCCGCCGUCGCUGAGCGUUCUGGUUUCCCUGCAGCUGCUGCUCCUCCUGGGCCUGCCACCCCGGCCGCAGCCCCAAGUUCAUGCAUCGCGGCGCCUCUGA